AUGGAAUCCAUUGAUAUCCCAACCAAGCUGACCAUGAUGAACGUUCAUCUCCUCAACUCCUCCUCCUCCGCCGUUGGAUACAUCACCACCGUGAUGUACAACAACGACGACGACGACGGCCUCCUGUCCCUGGCAUCCCUGGACACAGCCGUCAUGGGAGGAGGCAGUUGGCACAGCAACUUCUCCGGAAACUUCUCCUCGGAGCACAGCGUUCCGUUCCAGGGCAGCAGCUCCCUGGUGACCAUGGUGAUCUCGCUCACGGUGUUCCUGCUGGGGCUGACGGGCAACACGCUGGCCAUCUACGUGGUGCUGCGCUACGCCAAGAUGAAGACCGUCACCAACAUCUACAUCUUCAACCUGGCGGUGGCCGACGAGCUGUACAUCCUGGGCCUGCCCUUCCUCACCACGCAGAACGUGCUCUCCUAUUGGCCCUUCGGCUCCUUCCUGUGUCGCGUCGUCAUGACGGCGGACUCGCUCAACCAGUUCACCAGCAUCUUCUGCCUGACGGUGAUGAGCAUCGACCGCUACCUGGCGGUGGUGCACCCCAUCCGCUCGACGCGCUGGCGUCGGCCCCGGGUGGCCCGCAUGGUGAGCGCGGCGGUGUGGGCCGCCUCCUUCGUGGUGGUGCUGCCCGUGGUCAUCUUCUCCGACGUCCAGGACACCUUCAACUCCUGCAACAUGAACUGGCCCGAGCCGCACGGCGUCUGGUCCACCGUCUUCAUCCUCUACACGGCCAUCUUGGGCUUCUUCGGACCGCUGAUGGUCAUCUGCCUGUGCUACCUGUUGAUCGUGGUCAAGGUGAAGUCGUCAGGGGCGCGGGCCGGGUUCACCAAGCGGCGACGGUCGGAGCGCAAGGUGACGCGCAUGGUGGUGGUGAUCGUGGUGGUGUUCGUGCUCUGCUGGCUGCCCUUCUUCAUCAUCAACAUCGUCAACCUGGUGGUCAUCCUCCCCGAGAGCAGCGCCAUGGCGGGCGUCUACUUCUUCUCCGUCAUCCUCUCCUACGCCAACAGCUGCGCCAAUCCUCUGCUCUACGGCUUCCUCUCCGACAACUUCAAGCAGAGCUUCCGGAAGGUGCUGUGCGUGCGUAAGACCAACGGCGUGGAGGACGGUGACCCGAGCCAGCCACGCACGGAAAAGACCACCACCAACGACACCUUCCUGAUGCCGCGCAACCAGGACUUCAACGGACAGGUGCAGAGCAGUCAGGUGUCCCCUCACACGCCCAAGCCUGAUGUGGCGGCCGCGGCACCCCCGGCUCCUGCUCCCGUGCCCGUGCCACCUUCUCCUGUGCCACCCUCUCCCAUACCCACGGCGGACCUGAGUGUUCAUUCAGUUGCCACUCCCAGCUCCAGCCAAGACCACUGAUGACAGCCCCUUAA